AGGAGAGAACAGACGUGAAUGAAGAAAAGGGAGGAGGCAGGAGGCAGUUAGAAGUCCCAGAAGUGGCGCCCACUGCGCCCCAGCAACGCGGAGGCCCCGGGGAGACUGUUGCUGCCUCGCAGGCAGGAGGUGGCCCUGGGGGAAGCCAGGCGGUACCCUGCCAGCUGAGUCGGCCUCGGUUUCCCCUACUCUCUGGGGUGCUAGUUUGGCCGGAGCUGCUGGUGGAGCCACUGGAAGUCCACACCGCAGGCAGCAGGAGUCUCCCUCAGCACCGGGAUCUAUGUCUAAGUUCUAACUCUUGCUUACAAAGACCACGAUAAUUCCUUCCCCAAAGCCCAGCAGCCCCCCAGCCCCGCGCAGCCCCAGCCUGCCUCCCACCGCCCAGCUGCCCGCCAUGCCCUCCAGCGGCCCCGGGGACACCAGCAGCUCCGCUCCGGAGCGGGAGGAGGACCGCAAGGAGGGAGAGGAGCCGGAGGAGGCUCGUGGCAAGGAGGAGCGGCAGGAGCCCAGCACAACCGCACGGAAGGUGGGGCGGCCUGGGCGGAAGCGCAAGCACCCCCUGGUGGAAAGCAGUGACACGCCGAAGGACUCCGCAGUGACCUCCAAGUCCCCGUCCAUGGCCCAGGACUCAGUCCCCUCAGAGCUGUUACCCAAUGGGGACUUGGAGAAGCGGAGUGAUCCCCAGCCUGAGGAGGGGAGCCCCGCUGGAGGGCAGAAGGGCGGAGCCCCAGCAGAGGGAGAGGGUGCGGCUGAGACCCCGCCCGAAGCCUCCAGAGCUGUGGAGAAUGGCUGCUGCACCCCCAAGGAUGGCCGAGGAGCCCCCGCAGAAGAGAGCAAAGAACAGAAGGAGACCAACAUCGAAUCCAUGAAAAUGGAGGGCUCCCGGGGCCGGCUGCGGGGUGGCUUGGGCUGGGAGUCCAGCCUCCGCCAGCGGCCCAUGCCGCGGCUCACCUUCCAGGCGGGGGACCCCUACUACAUCAGCAAGCGCAAGCGGGACGAGUGGCUGGCACGCUGGAAAAGGGAGGCUGAGAAGAAAGCCAAGGUGAUUGCAGUAAUGAACGCUGUGGAAGAAAACCAGGGGUCUGGCGAGUCUCAGAAGGUGGAGGAGGCCAGCCCUCCCGCGGUGCAGCAGCCCACUGACCCUGCGUCCCCCACUGUGGCCACCACACCUGAGCCUGUGGGAGCCGACGCCGGGGAUAAGAACGCCACCAAAGCGGCCGAUGAUGAGCCAGAGUACGAGGACGGCCGGGGCUUUGGCAUUGGGGAGCUGGUGUGGGGGAAACUUCGGGGCUUCUCCUGGUGGCCAGGCCGCAUUGUGUCUUGGUGGAUGACGGGCCGGAGCCGAGCAGCUGAAGGCACCCGCUGGGUCAUGUGGUUCGGAGACGGCAAGUUCUCGGUGGUGUGUGUUGAGAAGCUGAUGCCCCUGAGCUCGUUCUGCAGUGCUUUCCACCAGGCAACCUACAACAAGCAGCCCAUGUACCGCAAAGCCAUCUACGAGGUCCUGCAGGUGGCCAGUAGCCGUGCGGGGAAGCUGUUCCCAGCGUGCCACGACAGCGAUGAGAGCGACACUGCCAAGGCCGUGGAGGUGCAGAACAAACAGAUGAUCGAAUGGGCUCUCGGAGGGUUCCAGCCCUCCGGCCCCAAGGGCCUGGAGCCACCCGAAGAGGAGAAGAACCCCUACAAAGAAGUUUACACAGACAUGUGGGUCGAGCCUGAGGCAGCUGCCUAUGCACCACCCCCACCAGCCAAAAAGCCCCGAAAGAGCACAACUGAGAAGCCCAAGGUCAAGGAGAUCAUUGACGAACGCACAAGAGAGCGGCUGGUGUACGAGGUGCGGCAGAAGUGCCGGAACAUCGAGGACAUUUGCAUCUCUUGUGGGAGCCUCAACGUCACCCUGGAACACCCUCUCUUCGUUGGAGGAAUGUGCCAAAACUGUAAGAACUGCUUUCUGGAGUGCGCCUACCAGUACGAUGACGACGGCUAUCAGUCCUACUGCACCAUCUGUUGUGGGGGACGCGAGGUGCUCAUGUGUGGGAACAACAACUGUUGCAGGUGCUUUUGUGUGGAGUGUGUGGAUCUGUUGGUGGGGCCGGGGGCCGCCCAGGCGGCCAUCAAGGAGGACCCCUGGAACUGCUACAUGUGCGGGCACAAGGGCACCUACGGGCUGCUGCGGCGGCGGGACGACUGGCCCUCGCGGCUGCAGAUGUUCUUUGCCAAUAACCACGACCAGGAGUUUGACCCUCCGAAGGUUUACCCACCUGUCCCAGCCGAGAAGAGGAAGCCCAUCCGGGUGCUGUCUCUAUUCGACGGAAUUGCUACAGGGCUUCUGGUGCUGAAGGACUUGGGCAUUCAGGUGGACCGCUACAUCGCUUCCGAGGUGUGUGAGGACUCCAUCACAGUGGGCAUGGUGCGGCACCAGGGGAAGAUCAUGUACGUCGGGGACGUCCGCAGCGUCACACAGAAGCAUAUCCAGGAGUGGGGCCCGUUCGAUCUGGUGAUUGGGGGCAGUCCUUGCAAUGAUCUCUCCAUCGUCAACCCUGCCCGUAAAGGACUCUACGAGGGCACUGGCCGGCUCUUCUUUGAGUUCUACCGCCUCCUGCAUGAUGCGCGGCCCAAGGAGGGAGAUGAUCGCCCCUUCUUCUGGCUCUUUGAGAAUGUGGUGGCCAUGGGCGUUAGUGACAAGAGGGACAUCUCGCGAUUUCUCGAGUCCAACCCUGUGAUGAUUGAUGCCAAAGAAGUGUCAGCUGCACACAGGGCCCGCUACUUCUGGGGGAACCUUCCUGGUAUGAACAGGCCGUUGGCAUCCACUGUGAAUGAUAAGCUGGAGCUGCAGGAGUGUCUGGAGCACGGCAGAAUAGCCAAGUUCAGCAAAGUGAGGACCAUUACUACUAGGUCGAACUCCAUAAAGCAGGGCAAAGACCAGCAUUUCCCCGUCUUCAUGAACGAGAAAGAGGACAUCUUAUGGUGCACUGAAAUGGAAAGGGUGUUUGGCUUCCCUGUCCACUAUACCGACGUCUCCAACAUGAGCCGCUUGGCGAGGCAGAGACUGCUGGGCCGGUCAUGGAGUGUGCCCGUCAUCCGCCACCUCUUCGCUCCGCUGAAGGAAUAUUUUGCUUGUGUGUAAGGGACAUGAGGGCAAACCGAGGUAGUGACACAAAGUUAAACAAACAAACAAAAAACACAAAACACAACAAAACACCAACAACAUGAGGAUGGAGAGAAGUAUCAGCACCCAGAAGAGAAAAAGGAAUUUAAAACAAAAACCACAGAGGCGGAAAUACCGGAGGGCUUUGCCUUUUGCAAAAAGGGUUGGACAUCAUCUCCUGAUUUUUCAAUGUUAAUCUUCAGUCCUAUUUAAAAACAAAACCAAGCUCCCCUCCCCCCCCCCUUUUUUUUUUCGGUCAAACCUUUUGUUUUCUACUCUUUUCAGAGGGGUUUUCUGUUUGUUUGGGUUUUUGUUUCUUGCUGUGACUGAAACAAGAAGGUUUAUUGCAGCAAAAAUCAGUAACAAGACAUAGUAACGAUACCUUGCAGAGGAAGGAUGGGAGAGAAGGAAGAAAGGAAAUUCUAUAGAAAUCUAUAUAUUGGAUUUUUUUUUUUUUUUUUUUUUUUUUUUUUUACUAUAUAUCUUUUUUUGUUGUUGUCUCUAGCCUGAUCAGAUAGGAGCACAAGCAGGGGACAGAAAACAGUGACACUCAGCGGCAGAAUUCCCUCCCAGCCACUGAGCUGUCUUGCCAGCACCAUUCCUGGUCAUGCAAAACAGAACCCAACUAGCAGCAGGGAGACAGAACACACAAGACCCUUUUAUACAGUAUUUCAGGUGCCUACCACACAGGAAACCUUGAAGAAAAUCAGUUUCUAGAAGCCGCUGUUACCUCUUGUUUACAGUUUAUAUAUAUAUGAUAGAUAUGAGAUAUAUAUAUAAAAGGUACUGUUAACUACUGUACAACCUGACUUCAUAAUGGUGCUUUAAAACAGCGAGAUGAGUAAAAACAUCAGCUUCCACAUUGCCUUAUGUGCAAAGGGUUUUAACCGAGGAUGGAGGAGGGAGGCAGCUUGAAGGUGAAUCGUUAACCAUGGCGGGCUCUCCCCUUGGUAUUUUCACAAGGUGAAGGAGGAGAAUCUGGGAACUGCGUUCUCCCGCUUCUCCCUGCCAAAAAGGGGGUGAGACGAGGUGGUCGGACCGUGGAAAGCUAAGAGUGGGAUUCAUCCAGGCUCACGCAAUAACCUUUUGAUUUUUUUUCAAAAAGGAGACUCCCUCGGCAAGAUGGCAGGAUAAGGGGUCUUCAUUCCCAAUUUCUCACAUUAGCCGAUUCGAGGGCUCCUUGUGGUGGGAUCAGAAAUAAUCCAGAGUGUGGGAAAGUGACAGUUAAAACCCCACCUGGAGCAAAUAAAAAAACAUACAAAACGUA